AUGGCCUCGAACCUGUUCGCCGUGUCCACGCAGGGCACGCUCAUCUCGUCGUCCACCUUCUGGUCCGCCGCCGCCAUUCUCAUCGCCAUUCUCGCCUGGAACCUCCUCAAGGCUCCCUCGGCACUCUACCGCUCUGGCAGCGUCAAACCGUACCGCUCCUCGCUCCUCCCUGGUCUGGGACCGUUCCAGCUCUACUCGCAGCGCAACUCGUUCCUGCGUUCCGUCUUUGGCGACCCCGAGACAUGGAAUCAGACUCCGCCCAAGCAGAACGGCGUGCGCAUCAACUCGCGCAGCCACAUCAUGACCGUCACCAACAACCCGGCGCAGGAUGGAAAGACGUUCUUCAACGACCGUGGGCUGCACUUCAACCAAGGCUACGAGGUCAUGUUUGCCGGAGUUCCAGAGAUGCCGUCGUGGAUCGCGCCCUCUCCACCCGCAGACGAUGCGGGCACUGACGGGUUUGUGCAGAACCUCAAGCAGGCCAUUGGCACCAAGAGGCUGCAGUCGACCAUCCCGGAGAUGAUGCGGUGCAUUGUUGAGAACCUCAAAGACUAUCCUGCCACGGACGGACGGCUGGAUAUCCACAAGACCAUCUACCCGCUCGUCUUCCAGAUCAGUGUGCUGCUCAUUGGCCUGGCGGAACACGCACGCGAUAUGAACACCGUCAAGGCGCUCGAGGGGCCCUUCUGGGCGUUUGCCGACAACACGGGAUUCAUGGCCACGCACUUCCCCCUGGUUCCCUGGCCGUCGACGGUGAAAAAGUGGAUUGGAGCGAUCAAGAUGUCCGCAGCGAUCCGUUCCACGCUCGAGCAGCGCAAGAAGGACGGCCGACGUGAGAACGACUACGUCCAGGAGAUGAUCGACCGCGGCGCCUCGGUUCGGUCUAUCGAAGACUUUGUCAUGGGCGGUCUCUUUGCAGCGAUCAUCAACUCGACCGGCAUCGCGUCGUACCUGCUCAUCUUCCUCUGCUCGCGCCCGGAACUCCGCGACCGCGUGCGCGCCGAGUUCGACGGCAUCCUCCGCGCGCACGCCGAAGAGCGCGGCGACGACUACGACUCGCUCACCCUGCAGCAGAAACUCGAACGCGUACCCCUCGAGAUCUGGGAAGGCGAGAUGCCCAUCUACACGACCGUCUUCGAUGAGACCCUGCGCCUCCUCCUCAUCUCGCUCCUCUUCCGCCGCAAAGUCACCACCGCCUCCAAAGUCACCCAGGGCGAAACGCGCAUCAGCAACGAUCCCAUUCAAGACCGCGAGUUCAUCGGCUACUGGCUCGCCGCCGCCCACCGCAACAGCAACAUCUACUCGAACCCGCUCAAGUUCGACCCGGAGCGCUUCGCCCGAGGCGAGGGCCAGCGCGAGGGCGAGUUCGUCCCCUGGGGCUCCGGCAGACACAUCUGCCUCGGCAUGCGCUUCGCAAAGCUCGAAAUCCGUGCCGUCCACGCCGCCUUCCUGCUCAACUUCCCCGACACCGUCACCACGGAUCCAAACGGCAACGUCUUCGGCCCAGACGACGUGCCCCUCCCAGACCAGGAAAGCGAGCACCGCAGAUACCCCAUGAAACCCGUCGCCCUGUCGUACAAGGUCAACCAGCUCCGCAAGUAG